UUUGUCUCUCGGCUGUCCUCUCCGGCCUGGUGCUUGGUGCCUGGCGUCAAGGGUCAUUUCCUUUCAUAGCGACCACUGCCAUCCUUGCAUUAGCAUUUUCACCGCUGUGGGGGUAACACUUGAGUGUGCGAGUGUGUGUGUGCUUGGUUGCUUGCACGAUUCGGGACUUAUUAUGCAGGGACUUGGGAAGACAGAGAGAGGGGAGCAGGGCCGAGACAUCGACCUGACGUCGCUGAGAUCCACCAUGCCAGCCAGCGGGCCCCUGCAGGGAGGUUCACCCUCUAAUCUGAACAUGAACCUGUAUGCUACGAAGAAGACAGCGGCUGAGGGCAUGUUGGACAUUGCUCUGUUCCUGGCUAACAUCACACACAUGAAGACUGUCAUCGAACAGGGAGCUGGAUACAGGUACUAUGUUGCUGUCCUGGUGCUCAUCUCCUUCUCCCUGGCUCUGCAGAUAGUAGCUGGAGUCCUCAUCAUCAUCAUUGCUCGUUGUGAGAUGACCCUCCUGUCGUCUUAUCAGCGGUUGUUAAACUUCCUGAACAAUUUGACCACCUGCAUCAUCUUCCUCACCCUCAUCGUCAACAUCAUCAAAUCCGCCUUUGGCACACAACGCAGCUGCUUACUGCGAUGGCUGUUUCAGCGUUUCAUUCUCUGAAACACAAUCAGUAGAUUCAUCACUGUGCAUACAUUUAUAUACAAAGCUAAAUCCUCACGUACAUGUAUGAUCAUUUGUGAAAACUGCGAAAAGUUCAAACUGUCCAUCUUGAUACAACCACUAGGAGGAGGCGCCAGAGUAAUGAUGUCUAGAAAUCCUACAAAUACAGAAGCAGCUGUCAUUGUUAUCCAAUCAUUCACAUUUGCUAAACAAAUACUACACUUUAGCCUCCGGCUGCAGGAUACACUUUUACACUUAAAAUGAUACACACAUUCACACAGCAUUAAGCCAUUUGUGAGGAUACACCCCUGUUAUGUCUAGAAGCAGUUAGUUAGCUUAGCUUAGCAAAACAACACAAAACAGGGGGAAACAGCUAGCAUGGCAGUGUUCAAGUGUAACCAAGGCUGCCUUCCAGCACAUUUAAAGCUCACCUUUCAACAGAAAUUAAAGUACAUUUCAAGUUGUUUUGCUAGGGUAACAGGCUGGUAACUCCAGUUACUUUUUUUGUUGUAAAACUACGAGUGGUAUCAAUUUUAUUGUUUAACUCUCGAAAAGAGGGCUUCUGAAAUAACGAAAGAAAGAUUCAAUAUUGUCAAUUCCAAAACAAAUAAGAUAUACUACAGUAAAUACGAUUUGUUGAAUUAGGGUUGGAUAGGAGGAUGGUGGGCGUGUGACUGAAUGAUAUAGCUGUUUUAUGGCUGCAAUAGGCCUACUGUAUGAGAGCCUGGUAACUGUGAGUGUGUGUGUAAGUAUGCAUGCAUCAACUCUAUAUGUGUGUGUGGAUGUGUUUGAAGUGUUUGAAAUAGUGUGUCUGUGUAUCUGUGUGUGUCUGUAUGUGUUGUAGCCCGCAGGGACCUGAACGUGGUGUCCAAUCACAAACGUCUCGACUACUUAAACAACCUUGCUACAGGCGUCAUCUUCGUCACCACCGUGAUAAACUUCUUCGCCAGCUUCUUUGGAUCUAAGAGGACUGGCUUCUUCCGCUGGCUGCUGGCUCGACUCCACU